AUCUACAAAUCAGAGAGAGAGAGGAGAGAGAGAGAGAGCAGUGGUCGCACUGGAUCAGCUGCAGCGGAAGCAGAGAGAAGAUGAGGACGGCUCCUGCGCCGCUGGUGCUCCUCCUCCUCGUCCACGGCCUCGCCAGCGCCGCCUCCGCCGCGUUCACCUGCAACGCCACGGGUGUCGCUGCCACUUGCCGGUCCCUGGUCGGCUUUAAUCCGGCCCAAAACACCACCUACAGCGCCAUCGCGUCCCUCUUCCAGGUCUCGAACGCCUCCCUCUUCGGCUCCAACGGCCUCUCACUCACCACCCCCGCCGACGGGGCUGUCGCUGCCGGGUCGACGGUGCGGGUCCCGAUCCCUUGCCGGUGCGCGAACGGGACGGGUUGGUCGGAUCGCACGCCGGUCUAUACGGUGCAGGACGGGGACGUGGGCCUGUACAACAUCACGGUCGCCCGGUUCAGCAAUCUGACGACGUACCAGGAUAUCGGGAAGGCCAACCAGCUGCCGGACGUGAACAAGAUCCAGGUGGGGCAGAAACUGUGGAUCCCGCUGCCGUGCAGCUGCGACGAGGUGGACGGGGCGGAGGUGGUGCACCUGGCUCACGUGGUGGCGCCCGGGAGCUCGGUGGAGGGCAUCGCCAUGGAGUUCGGCACCAACGCCUCCACGCUGCUGCGCCUCAACGGGAUGAGCGACCCCAAAGCGCUGAUGGCGUACCAGGUCCUGGACGUGCCCCUCCACGCUUGUUCAUCUUCCAUUACCAACAAUUCCUUGGACUACGGUCUGCGCCUCGCCAACGGCAGUUACGCCACCACUGCUAAUGGCUGCAUCACCUGCAGCUGCACCGCCACCACCUACCGGCUGGACUGCCACCAAUCUGUGGGCCAAUCCAAGUGCCCUGCAGCGGCGACGUGCCCAGGGAAACUCUUCAUCGGCAACACGUCCACCUCCGGUUGCGAGGUCCAGACGUGCUCCUACACCGGCUACACCAACACCUCCACGCCCACCGGCAUCAAUAUCUCGAGCACCAUCACCACCGACCGGACCAACUGCGGCAGUGAUGGAGGAUCACCACCCGGAUCAGAUGGAGGCCUGGGGUUGAGAGGGUUCAAGUGGAGCGCAGCUCUCGUCUUCCUCCACAUGAUCUGGCUUUCUUCUCUGCAAUAAGGCGCCUGAGCUGUGUGUUCAUCAGAUCUAUUACUCAGCAGCAAUGCUUUCGAAAGCAUACGGUGUCCCCUCCUUGUUUCUUGAUGAAUAAGUCUUGUGCUACUCCUACCAACUCUUCUUCUAACUUCCACAAAGACGUGAAUGAUGUGAGAACAAAUCGUAAGGAAUUAUAUGCUUCAUUUAUGGUA